AUGGCUACACCGAACCCCCUCUCCCACGAACUGCUUAUCGCCUCUCUAACCAUCCAACGCGCCUCCCUCGCCACCAAAAAAGUCUUAGCCACAAUCAAAACCACCAACAAUGAAAUCUCCAAGGCCGACUCCACACCCGUGACCAUCGCCGAUUUCGCGGCACAAGCUCUCAUUAUCAGCGCUAUCCACCACGCAUUUCCAGAGGAUAGUUUCAUUGGCGAGGAAGAUUCUUCUGUUCUUCGACAAGAUACCGAACUCUGUGGGAAAGUAUGGGAACUGGUGAAGAGUACAAAAUUAAAUGAUGAGGAGAGUGAGGCUUUAUUGAAGCGUCCUCAGGAUGUGGAGGAGAUGAUGAAGGUGAUUGAUUUGGGUGGUUGGGGAGUGGGAGGACAGGGCAGGGUGUGGAUGUUGGAUCCGGUUGAUGGAACGGCAACUUUCUUAAAGGGUCAGCAGUAUGCUGUUUGUCUUGCCUUGGUGGAGAAUGGGAAAGAGGUGCUGGGAGUUAUUGGAUGUCCAAAUCUAAAGUUCGAAAGCAGCAGAGUUGAGGAGGAGGAUCUCGAUGAGAGUGGAUGGGGAUGUAUGCUUUCUGCUGUGAAAGGCGAAGGUGCUUUCCGAAGACCAAUGGGUGAGAGUGGCUUGCAACCAGCACAAAAGCUCGAGAAGGAGCCAAAAGCCGGCGCGGGUCUUGCUACUUUGGAGUUUGUUGAUUCCUCGAUGAGCAAAUCGACUUCUCAUGAGAGUGUUCAUCGAGUUGCAGAAAAGAUAGGUGCCAACCAUCCUGGUGCUGAGUUAUGGUCAUCUCAAAUGAGAUAUAUUGCCCUUAUUCUAGGAAGCAGCAUUAUUCAAGUCCGUAUCCCGCCACAAAAGAUCAAAACUUCUUUUGUUUGGGACCACGCGGGAGGCCAGCUGAUAUUAGCAGAGGUUGGUGGGAAGGUAACGGAUGUGAAUGGGAAGAAUAUCGACUUUGGCCUCGGAAGGAAUCUUGCAGGCAAUUGGGGUAUGAUUGCAUCUAGGGAGGGAGUUCAUGAGCGACUCUUAGCUGCCGUGGAUGAAAUCUUGAAGCUAUAA